AUGUUAGCUUAUUUACAAAAAAGAACUAAACGGCCUAGAAAAAGAUAUUACCAGCCUGUAGGAAUUAAAGAUUUUUUGACCGAAUGUAGUAAUUUAAAGUUGAAUAAACUCGGUGUAGAAGUCGAUUGGGCAAGUUUAAUACAAGAGUAUUCAUUAAGAGAACAAAGUAAAGAAGAAGAAAUUUAUGUUAAUGAGGAAGGGAAUGACAAGUCUCAAAAUGAAUUGAAUAAUAGUGAUGUUAAUCAAAUAGAGACACAAUUAAAAUUAUUAGGCAUUCAAUGUGAAACGACACCUAGAAAUAAUUUAAUUACAAUUGGUUUAAUAGGACAUCCAAAUGUUGGAAAAAGUAGCUUUAUAAAUAGUUUUAUGGGUAAAACUGUUGUAAGCACUUCAAGAACUCCAGUUUUUCCAAGUCUAUUAUCAAAACAAAUCCAGAUUUUAUGUGGACUAUAUCCAAUUUCACAAGUUCAAGAACCUUAUAGUUCUAUUAAAUAUUUGGCAGAAAGAAUUCGCUUAGAGAAUAUAUUGAAAAUUCAACCCCCUGAAACAAAAAAUGAGUAUAAAUGGUCUGCAUGGGAUAUUUGUGAAGCAUUUGCUAUUAAACGAGGCUUCUAUAGUGGAAAAUCUGCAAGGCCAGAUUCUUAUCGUGCUGCAAAUGCAAUAUUGCGAUUGGUUAUCGAUGGUCGUAUUUUGCUUUCUUUUAAGCCUCCUGUUAAUGAUAGUUUACAACAAAAAAAUACAAUUGAAAAAAAUCUUAAGAAAAAAAUUGAAGCAAGUUCCUCACAGAGCACCAAUGAUACUGUUUCUAUUAAAGCUCAAGACAUCACUAGGUUGAAUUCUGUAUUUGAGAAACAAACACCUCAAGAAAUCAGAAAACUACAAAAUGAAAGCAUGAUACCUUUUACACGUCUUCCUUUGACAGCUUUAGAAGUAUCUAAAGAAGAGAGCUACACAACCAUCAUCGAUUUUCCCAAAAGACCACCAUGGAAUUAUGAUAUGACAAAAGAAGAGUUGGAAAGCAAAGAAAAACAUUAUUUUCAAGAAUGGCUCAGCAAUAUAUAUGAACAAUAUCCAAAAGAAGAAUUGAAUUUUUUUGAACAUAAUCUUAACGUUUGGCGUCAAUUGUAA